AUGUUUCCCAGUAUACCAUUAUUGCUCGGGUUGUCUCCUCCUGCACCAACAGGUUUACCUACCACUUUGCCUAGUUCAAGUUCUGCUCCCACGAGUACCUCUACUACUUCUUCAAACAUUUCUUCGGCGCCAACUACGGUGUCCAACACCCAACAAGGUUCAGCUCCCAGCUCAAUCCAAACCAUUCCAAGUACUUCGAAACAAACAGCUUCUGCUCAGUCAAAAUUCAAAUCGCUCGGAAGAACCCAAAAACGAUUCCCAAACAGACAAUUGCGCUAUAGAAAUGCUUCUAAGAGUGUAGCUUCGACAUCCACUUCAAGUAAUGCUUGGAAGAACACGUCCAGCACUUGUCAGAAGACAACUCGAUCCACAGCCCCAUCCAGAUUAUCAGGAUCCGCUUCUACUUCAUCCUCCAACGCCUCGUCGAAACCAUCCUCGUCUGCCAAGAAGAAUAACUUCAAGGAGCACCCUGUUGAAUACCUGGAUGACAAUUUUGGUGCAAAUUUGUAUGGAUGUGCAUUCAAUCAGUUUCUGGCACCCACUGAAACUCCAGUUGUUGCGUUGGUCGGAAGCAAGGGAACGAUUGCCGUUUAUAGCCUUCCUCAAAAUUCCAACAAAUCGUAUAAAUCUCUAUACAACGGAAAAUUGGGUACUAAGGAAGAAAAAGAUUUGAACACCGUCACUUGGUGCUUUGACGUCUCGAACAAAACACAGGGCCACAAAAUUGUAUGCGGGGAGGAGACCGGCAGAAUGUACGUUCUCAAUACGUCCGAUAUGACUUGCGAAAAUGUACUCAUCGGAUCUCAAGCGGCCAUCAGUGAUCUACGGACACAUCCUACUAAUGGCGCGAUGGUAGCAACAGCAGGAAACGAUUGCACAGUUCGGAUUUACCACAUUCGUCACGAGUCAGCGCUAGUGGUCUGUGCGGGAAUUCAUGGACACCACCAAUGUGUUCAAACAGUGACGUGGUCUUCGGAUGGUCAUCGAUUGAUUAGCGGAGGAAACGAUCAGCGAAUCAUGAUGUGGGACGUUGAGCAGCAGAAAGUUCGAGCUCACCUGGAAGAGAAAUCACGGAUUCUCAACCAGGGCAAAAAACUAGCACUGGCAAAUUUAAAAGAUGGGCAACAUCCACGGUCACACCCUAAACAACCCUCGUCCAAUUUCUACCAUCACCGACGUUCACUACUCUCCGACAACAACAUCCAAGUGUGGGUGAUGGGUUCGUCUGGACCAGAAAAUCGGCGAGACGGACAAAUGUCGCGGUCCCGGAGAAUUGCUGCAACAAUACCGGUCGCUAGCCGGGAUCCAUGGGCUGACUUGUGGAUUCGAUUCGCUGUGGAUCCAUUGGGAGAAUAUGUUGUGGCGAGCAACACCGACAGCCAGCUCAUGUUUUAUGAUUUCAAAACAGGAUCUAGAGACCCGAUCCACACAAUCAUGUUGAGAGACCCAGCAUAUCCAUCGAAUCUCCGGAUGAGACAGGCCAAAUUUUCGCCAGAUGGAAAGAUUGUACUGGUGGUUGGAGACUUUGCAUUUAUGAAAAGAUUCGAUAGGAUCUAA